AUGAAGAAUCUUUUGCUUGUAUUGUCCCUCCUGGGCGGUUUCGCCCCCCUUGCUGCUACUGUUUCGCUCAAUAGCCGCGCUACCGGGUUCCAGCUCGUUACCAACAAGCAGCUAGAAGGCUCUAAACUCAACUCCAACUGCCAGCAGUUACUGCAGCAGGCAAUUCAGUGCGAUGAAUACGUCGCCAAUUUUCGCGAGAGGGGCUACCGCGGUUCUCUCGACAGCCCUGCACUGACCGACAGCGUCUGCCAGGCCACCUGUGAGAGAUCUCUACUCAACACUAGGAGACGCCUUGCCGCCGUCUGCGCUUCAACACCUGAUUUGAUCCCCGGAUACCCCGUCGCGACGCUUAUCGAAACGACGCUUGCCGGCUGGAACGAAACCUGCCUCAAAGACAAGGACACUGGAGAGUACUGCAAUAACAUUAUCGAUGCCUUUGAGGAUUACGAUAGUCUCGAAGCCAUGCCUGACGCGCAGUUGUGCUCCUACUGCUACGGAGCCAAGCUACGCAUGAUGCAGCAGUCGCCGUACUCUGCAUACGACGAGCUCUUUGCUCAGGCACUGGAAAUUGUCAAUAAGCGGUGCAAUGUCAAAGGGCCAACCGAUACUCUCUCUCCGCCCAUCAACGUCAACGUCACCAGACCCAGCGUGUGCACCAGCAAGCAGACGCACAGCACACGCAACGGCGACACCUGCGACAGUAUUGCUCUGGCAAACUCUGUGUCGGCGGCGUCGCUCUUCUUCCUCAACCCCAACCUGCUCAACUGCAGCAGUGUGCCCGCGGGCCUGGAGCUCUGUUUGCCAGAGAAAUGCAGCGAGCUAUACAAGGUCCAGAGCAAGGAUGAGGACUGCGUGGCGAUUGGCGUGCGGUACGGCACGUCGUGGGCCAAGCUUGUCAAGUGGAACCUGGCUCUCAAGGAUGACUGCCGGAACAUUUACAGCACCGAUCCCUUCUGGGGCCGAGUGAUCUGCGUUAGCCAACCCGGCGGCGAGUAUACCGACCCUGGCUCUCCCGGCACUACCCCUGGCAACGGGGACAUUGGCGGCGAGGGAGGCUCUGGUGACGGCUACGCUAACCAAGUUGUCGCUCCGCCGGAUGGGGCCAAAGUAGCCGAGGGCACGACCAACAACUGUGGCAAGUAUAUCCAGGCCGAGAAGGGAAUCAGGUGCCCGAGCCUGCUUGCCAAGCGGGCCAUGCCCAUGGACCUGUUCUUGAAGAUUAAUCCCUCACUCGGCUCUGUCGCCGAGUGUGACAGCAAGAUUGUUCCUGGCCUGUGGUACUGCCUAAACCCGGUUCACGGCUGGGACCAAGUCCGUGUCUAA